GAGCAUGCGCAGAAAUGCAAAAGGUCGGCGGGUGAUUUGGCGGUAAGUGGGCAGCUCCGCGCAUGCGCAGUCGCUAGAAAUUGGCGCCAACCACUCCCAAAACAUGGAGGGAAAAGAGACAGGAAAGAUAGGGGCCCCGUCUCCUUGCACGUCUCAGGUUAACAUUGUCAUUAAUGGCCACCUCUUACCAGGAAUAAUAAAUGGACUUAUGGCAUCAACCACUUCUGUUCCGCCUUCUCCAAGUCACGUGACCACUAAAGAAGGAGAUCCCAUUAAAGCUCCUAAAGUCCGACUUACCCCCGACCAAAGAGAAAUGAUAAAAUUAGAGAAAGAGAAGGCAAGACUAGAGAGAGAGAGACUCAAGGCUGAAGCAAGGGAGAAGAAAGAGGCGGAGAAGAGAGCAAAGGCCGAGGAGAGGGAGAGAGUAAAGAGAGAGAGGUUGGCUAAGAAGGAAAAGGAGGAGAGGGAGAAGCAAGAGAGGCUGGCCUCAAAGCAAGCUGAACAAGAAAGAAAGCUCAAGGAGAAAGAGGAGCAGAAAAGAUUAAAGGAGAAAGAAAAGGAGGACAAGGAUAAAUUAGCAGCUGCUGAGAAGUUGAAAGCCAAGGAAAGGUUUUUAGGAUUCUUUCAGAAACCACCCAAACAGCAGUCUAGACCAGUGGAAGUAGCUGAACAGGCCAAGUCUGUUUCUCCAAUGGAUUCUUCGCAGCUUCUCUCUUUUGAGGAGCUAAUUCGCUCUCAGGUCGUCGAUAGCGAUUAUCUCCAAGCUUGUAAACACACUCGUCACCAAAUAUCUAAACGUCAAAGAAGAGAAAAUAGAAAAUCAGUGGAAGUAGAUAAUGCUCAAGUGUCUGUCAUGGGAAAUAUCACUAAUAAAAAUGAUGAAUUAAUUGUAAUUAAUGAUUCCACAAAUGUUGUUCAGGGAAGGUACAAAUUACUGCAGUUUCACGAAAACCAUCGCCCGGCUUAUUUUGGUACUUGGUCAAAGUCCUCAAAGGUUCUAACUCCUCGUAAUCCAUUUAAGAAGGACAAUGAUUUAUUUGAUUACGAUUGUGAGAGUGACUUAGAAUGGGAAGAAGAAGAGCCUGGUGAGAGUCUCUCGGCUCAAAGUGACGAUGAGGUAGAGUCAGGAGAUGAGGAGGAAGAGGAAGAUGGGUUCUUUGUUCCUCACGGGUACCUGUCGGAUGGGGAGGGGGAUCAAAGUGAAGAUGAAAAGGACAAAAGAGAAGAAAAGAAUCUUGCCAAAGCUAAAGCCUGGGAAGCAGAAUUCUCCCGUCAAUUCAAAAAACUAGUCCCUGUAAAAGUAGGUGUGGUAUGGUCAUCAUCAGUCGUCGAUGAAAACUCUAAAUCUAUUCUUGAAAGUUUCUCUGCAAUUCCUCUUGUGCAGCUUCCAAUAAAAAUCACCGAGUCACAACCAGUAGCCAAAGUAUCUGCAUCCACCUCAAAGAAAUUGGGGAAGCGUUGUCAUGACGAAAUAACAACGCCCACCAUGAAAUCUUUAAAGGACUUUUUCAAGUCAUCGUUAAGUGACUCAAAAAGAGACAACGGUAAUGUUGCUCGUUGCCUUGAUCUUACUCCUACUCAACCAAAAAGACCAAAACUAACUACGCCCAUUUUAGAAAAUGCCACUCCUACAAACGUAAUUUUAAUCGAUGAGUCUGAUUCUAAAGAAAAUAUAGCUGUUUGGUGUGGUAACAAUAAAGACACUCCCAGUUCUGAUGAAAGAGUAGAAAUUGUUCCAAAUUCAGAGGAAAGAAUGGAAAUCAGUGAUAGUAAAGAUUGCAAGGAUGAGGGUAAAGAUUGCAAGGAUGGGAGUAAAGAUUACAAGGAUGGGAGUAAAGAACUUCAGAAGAUUGACUGGAAUAAAUGUCUUGCUGUGAGUCAGCAACUAACAGUCCCUGUUGAUUGCCAUUUGUAGAUUACACAAUAAAGCCAUUUACUACUGAUAUCAUGCGCAUCAUAUAUGCUUUAUAUAACAAUCUCUUGCUCUCUCUUUCUUGAUAUUUUAAUCAAUUUGUGUUCUCAUUUUGAUGAUUCUUUAUAUGUAUUUGGAUCACUUGAUUUAAAAUUAGUCUUGAUAUACAA